AUGUACGAUACGACAUCGAUCCAAGUCCCUACAUCAUUAUGUGGGUAUGAGGUUGAUUCCCGAACCAAAAAUCGGAUCGAGGCGCUGGCCAAGCUCCUACAUCAGCCAAAGGAGCGAGUUUUCCGAGUUCUACCUUGUGUAGGUUGGAAAUACCUCCCAGAUCAAAGCUCCAUCGCAUUUGUUUUCGAGGUACAACCAAAGCCCAUCGGGGCGCCAGUGAGCCUGCAAAGACUACUUUUCAAGGACGACUUGCGUCCAGAGCUGGGAGACAAGUUUCAUCUGGCUCUUGGUCUUUCGAAAUGCAUCGCCCAAAUGCACAUGGUUCAAUGGCUACAUGAGAGUUUUCGGAGCGACAACAUACUCCUUCUUCCGCACAGUAUCGAAGAUGAACAACUGGGGACCCACGUUGCAGUCAAUUACCCGGAGCCAUGGGUUCUCGGCUUUGAGUUCAGUCGCCCAGAACCAUUCUUCUCGAUGGGGAGAGCUGAUUUCGAGCCAGCGCGAGAUAUAUAUCGCCAUCCAGACCGGCAGGGCCAGCCCACGGAGAUGUUCAAGAAGAUCCAUGAUAUUUACGCGCUCGGUGUUGUGUUACUUGAGAUUGGGCUUUGGGAACCGGCUGUUGAAUUGGAGAAGAACAUGUUCUCGCGUGCCAGAAACCCGCACGCAGUCCAGGCGCAGCUGAUCAAACAUGCACAAAGACGGCUUGAGUCUCACGUUGGACGGAUGUAUAAAGAAGUUCUUCUCAAGUGUCUUACGGGUGACUUUGGGAUCGAAGAUGAUACGAAAGAGGAUUUGAAACUUCAGCAGGCGUUUCGGUAUCAAGUCGUUGAUGUUAUUGAGAUGGCUGCGAAUUACGUAUAG